AUGGUAAACAUACUUUCUCGACUACCAGCGGAGUCGGCAUUAGCUUGCAGACAGGUUUGUAGAGCAUGGAGAAAUCUAUUUACGUUUGAUGAUAAAUACUUCAGGGAUAUGCAUCUGCGGCAAAUACUAGUGCAGCAACAACAGACAUGUAACACAUUGAGUUUUAUUUUCCUAGAUGUGUUUAAUUCUGUUUACUACGUAGAUUUUGAUGAGAAAUCUCUCAAGAAACUGACAAGGAUAAAUUUUCCCCUUCCGACUGAAACUAAGAUAUUGAUUGGUUCAUGCAACGGUUUGGUUUGCUUCGGCAUACCAGCAAAAGCCAUAAUUCCGUUAUGUGUUGAUCCUGUCUAUAUUUGCAAUCUAGUUACAAAAGAAAGUUUGGAACUUCCAAAGUUUCUCACUGAUGAAGAUAUUAAGGUUUUCAAAAUAUUAUCCGGAUUUGGUUAUGUUCCUUCAAGCAACGAGUACAAAGUUGUUAGAAUCAUAGAGUACCACGAUGGUGAUGAGUUGUUGCUGAAUUGUAAGCUACAAGUAUAUACUCUUGGUGCUGGCAGUGGCUGGAGAGAGAAAGGAAAAUCCGGUUACCGGCUUAUAAUGGAGUUAAGGAAUGUGUUUGUCAAUGGAGCUCUUCACUGGCUGGAUUGGACAGGGAAAAUUGUGCCUUUCGGUUUGGUAGAGGAGGAGUUCCACUUACUCCCAACACCACCGUGCUUACCUGGUUCAUCAACUUUCGUAUUGCAAGGGAAGUUUCAACUUCAAGUGUUGGGAGAGUCGCUCUGUCUUUUUCAUCAAAGAGGAAAUAGAGAUGCAGAUAUAUGGGUAUUAAAUAAAAGUACUAGUUACCCUAAGAAUGAACAACUUUACGAGUCUUGGAGUUGGUAUAGACGGUACACCAUUCCACUUAACUUCACUUUUGAGUAUAAAUGGCUUGGAGGGUGUGAUAACUACGGUUUUCCGUUCACCCUUACUAAAAGGGGUGAAGUUUUGAUUGCCGCUUAUAGUAAUGAAAAUGCUGUUGUUGCCACUUCUUAUGAUCCAACAACUGAAACCUUCUAA